AUGGGGUCGGAGGAUCGCGCCGCAUCGCCGGUGCAACGGCGAUGCGGCUCGAUGUGGAGCCCGAUGUUCUCCACGCCGAUGGCGCCGAUGCAUCGUCCAAAUCGCCGAUGCAUCGGCUUACACCGACACAGGAUUGCUGACAUUUUCGCUUCUUUCUACGAGCAGCUUUACAAGAGCCGCGGCACUACCGACGAGGAUCUGGACAAUGAAGUACCCUUGGAAAACGAACAGCACCAUACGUCAUCGCCUUUCCACGGCAGACCGCCCUUGGGCUUGAAGGAGCUCCGGCAUGCCAUCCGCCAGCUCCGGAAUGGCAAGUGCCCCGACACUGCAGGCAUCACUGCAGAGAUGCUCAGGUCUGGAGGCAAGUUUUUGGAGCAGCACCUCUUGAAGUUCUACAACGACAUCCUCCGACCCGAGCUGGAACCACCACGCCAAUGGAGACAGAUGACUAUCCGAGUCAUCCACACAUCGGGGGAUCCAGGACUACCCAAACAUGACAGACCAAUUGCUAUACUUUCUAUGCUGUACAAGUUGCUGGCGCGGCUCCUCUGCAACAGAUUGGGGACCAUCUUCGACGCGGACCAGAGCUCCGGCCAGGCUGGUUUCAGAAAGGGCUUCAGUACGGAAAACCAUGUGUUUACGACGGCGAUCAUACAAGAACGAUCCAACGAAUGGCAACUACCGGGAGGGGACAGCGGCCGUUGA